AUGGGUUAUGAUUAUUGGAUGGUGCAUUUGACGUGGACAAUUCCCCCUGCGGCGUUGUUCACGGUGGCAUAUUGGCCCUUUUUUACACGACUAGAGAUUUGGAAGAUUGUCAUUUUGAUCAAUGUUGCUGUCUAUGCCACGAUACCGUGGGAUUCAUUCUUGAUCCGCAAUCGGAUCUGGACAUAUCCAGCCGAUGCGGUGGUGGGAUGGACUCUAUUCGACAUCCCCAUUGAGGAGCUGUUUUUCUUCGUGAUUCAGACGUACUGCACCAGUCUGCUGUACACGAUUCUCACCAAGCACUUGGUCCUUCCGUCCUUUUUGCUGGACCGCUCCAAGCCCUGGGCGAAGAAUGUGGGCUCCGCCGCCAUCAUUGCCGGAAUCGGCUUCGGUGCUCUCUGUAUCAUGACGAAGAGUAGUCUGACCUAUAUGGGCCUGAUUUUGAGUUGGGCGUUGUCGGUCAUCUUGUUCCAAUGGUCUCUCUGCGGGAGCUUCUUACUUUCUUUCCCCAAGAAACAGAUUUUCAUGUCCAUUUUGAUCCCAACAGUCUAUCUCUGGAUGGUCGAUCGCCUGUCCUUGCAGCGUGGAACGUGGGUGAUUGAAAAGGGCACCAAAUUAGACAUUCAAUUCUGGGGGUUCCUGGACAUCGAAGAAGCUACCUUCUUUUUACUGAGCAAUGUGAUGGUGGUCCUGGGCAUGGUCACCAUGGACCAUGCCAUCGCUCUGGCCCAGUAUGAUGUGGUGACCUCCGACUCCCCUGGUCGGUCACUGCCGUCUCUGGGCAAGAUGGCCUGGUCGUACAUGGCUCAGCGGCGGAAGCCCCUCGACGAGGGUUUUUUAGACGGGCUUUGCGCCGCAGUGACGGAGCUGUCGCGCAAAAGCCAGAGUAUGUAUCUCGGUAGCGCCAUGUUCCAAGAUGGACUCCGAGUGGAUCUGAUCUUUUUGUAUUCUUUCUGUCGUGUGAUUGACGACUUGGUCGAUGAGGCACCCUCGCGGGAAAAAGCCCAGGAGAGCAUCAAGGAGGCUUCUCAAGUGUUGCAUUGGCGCUUCUCCGAAAAGAGCCCGAAGAAGCCUCUGUACGAUUAUCUUCAAGCGGAUAUGGAUCGCAAACAAGCUCUCAAGGCGUCACCCUUGCUGCACUCCAUCGCUUUGCUGCCGGCCUCGCGCCUGAGCCUCGGCCCGCUGCUCGAACUCCUGUCGGGAUUCGUCAUGGAUCUAGGAUUCUCCUUUGAAAAGCAGGAGUACCCCAUCGAGACCGAGGAGGAUCUGGAGGUCUACGCACAGCGUGUGGCCGGCACCGUUGCCGCGGGACUCUUGGAAUUGGUGUUCAGCCAUACCGACGUGCAAUACAGUCCGGACAAGCAGGAGGAGAUCAUCCAGGCCGGUCAGCAGAUGGGCAAGGCUCUCCAAUAUGUCAACAUUGCGCGUGAUAUCAAACGUGAUGCCGCGAUCAAGCGUGUCUACAUCCCCACCGUCUGGCUGAAGACGAAAAACCUCACCCCCACUGACGUGGUGACCAACCCCGAUAACCCUGCCCUGGCCACCUUUGAGGACCGGAUGCUCCUCAAAGCCGACCACGCGUACCAGAUGAGCGUCCAGGCGAUCGAUCAGCUCCCCAAGGACGUGCGCGGCCCCAUCAAGACCACCAUCGAGAGCUACAUGAUGAUCGGCCAGAUGGUCCGUAAAGCGCGACGGGAGUCGACCAAAAUCGAGGGCAAGCUCAAGGUGCCGUUGUGGCGGAGGUUGAAGUUGGCUUGGUCGGCCAUGUACGUUAAUCACUAG